UCGGGAUUUUUCUGCCUCUCUUCCUCGCUGCCCUGCCGUUGCCACCUCAUCAGCAGCCGCAGCACCUCUCCCACCUCCCGGUUCAUCCCUCGCCUCCCACUCGCGCCCGCGGGGGCUCGUCGUCCCUUAUCGCCAGCCAAAACCCCACCCGGAGUUGUGCGCCCCGCGAACUAAACCUCCCCGCGGCGGCCAUUCGUCGUUGGUCGAUGGGGCCGUCGCCCAUGGCGGCGCGGGCGGCGGGCGGGUGCUCAUCGGCGGCGCUCGCGCUCUUCGGCUUCCGCCCCCUCCGCCGCGCCGUCCGCCCGGCCGCCGCUUUCUGCUGGGGCCAGUACCCCCCUUACGGCGGCUGCAGGAGCCGCCUGGCGCACAGCCUCGUGGAUUCCGUCCUGGAUGAGCUCCGCUCCCGGCGGCGCGUCCGGGUCUCGGCAAAGAUAGGAUUGCAGGGCACAAAAGAACUGUCUGACAAUAAGAUAGAUAAGAGGGCAUUACAGAAAGGGUUGCUGCUCGAAUUUCAGAAAGAUUCAGAUAGAUCUUUGCUUGCAGUUGUUGAACGGCCUGAUGGAAAGAAAAACUGGAUGGUGACUGAUCAGAAUGGUAUCUUGUCUUCGAUAAAGCCCCAGCAGGUUACAUAUGUCGUCCCUGGUGUCAUGAAUUUUGACGCUUCAAGAAUUGAUGAAUUUCUUGAGAAAGCGCAAGACCUUUUGGACCCAACAGUUUUGGAGUGUGCUUGGAUGGAGCUUUCUGAGAAUGAUAAAUCAAUAACGGUUGAGGAGUUUGCUGAGAUAGUAUAUGGUAACAAGGAGUCUCUGGAAAGCUACUGUGCGCAUUUCUUGUUAUCAAGGGAUAUAGUCUAUUUUGUCAAGGUAGAGAGCAGAGAUUAUUCCAUCUACCAACCUCGCUCACCUCCUCAGGUAGAGGAACUUCUACGACGGAAACGUGCUAAAGAGGAAGCUGAGAAGGAACUGGAAGAAUUUGUCCACUUACUCAAGUCUGCCAAAGCAUUGCCUAUGGAGUCCAAGCCUCCGAAAAGUUCAUGGUUUGUGGAUGAGAAAGUUGGGCAAAAAAUUGAGGCUCUUCAAGCAUAUGCAGUUGAUGCAUGUAGCGAUGAACAAAGAAGACUAGCAGGAAAUAUUCUCAAAGCUAUGGGGUUCACAAGGACGUCAUCAGCUGCUCUAAAGCUCCUUAUAAAUGUCGGUUACUUCCCUGUGCAUGUCAACCUUGAUCUUUUCAAGUACGAUGUUCGUAUCACGUACACCGAGGAAGUUUUGUCUGCUGCGGAGGAGCUUCUGGUGGACAGACCUGAUUCAGACAUGCAUAUCAGGAAGGAUCUUUCAACUUUGAAGGUGUACGCAAUUGAUGUAGAUGAGGCUGAUGAACUUGAUGAUGCAUUGAGCGCAAUUAGGCUCCCUGAUGGUAGGAUAAAGGUCUGGAUACAUGUUGCUGAUCCAACGUGCUUGAUCAAACCUCGGAGCAUCAUUGAUAGGGAGGCAAUGCACAGAGGAACCUCAAUCUUUCUACCAACUGCUACGUUUCCGAUGUUCCCGGAGAGGCUUGCCAUGAAUGCUAUGAGCUUGCAGCAGGGUAAACAAUGCAAAUCUGUAAGCGUAUCUGUGACUUUGCACCCUGAUGGGAGUAUUGCAGAAUAUACUCUAGAGAAUUCAGUCAUCAAACCUACCUACAUGUUGACCUACGAGAGUGCAACUGAAUUGCUUUACAUGAACCUUAAAGAAGAGGAAGAACUAAGGAUUCUUCAAGAAGCUGCUUCCAUCCGUGCACAGUGGCGUCGUAGCCAGGGUUCAAUAGACACUGCAAUGAUAGAACCACGUAUCAAGGUGUCAAAUCCUGAUGAUCCCGAACCAAAUAUUAAUCUAUAUGUUGAAGACCAAGCCAAUCCAGCAAUGCAGCUUGUAUCUGAAAUGAUGAUACUCUGUGGCGAGGCAGUGGCUGCUUUUGGUGCUGCCAACAAUCUCCCUUUGCCAUACAGAGGUCACCCCCAGUCUAACACGGCAGUGUCUGCAUUUUCUCAUGUACCAGAUGGGCCUGCAAGGAGCUUUGCAAAUAUCAGUGUGCUCCGUGCUGCAGAAAUGGAUUUUCAAAAACCUGUACCACAUGGUGUACUUGGUAUUCCUGGCUAUGUGCAGUUCACCUCUCCUAUUCGAAGAUAUGUUGAUUUGCUAGCUCAUUACCAGGUAAAAGCUUUUCUUAGAGGUGAUUCCCCACCAUAUUCAGCGGGUGACCUAGAAGGAAUGACAUUUAUUGCGAGCAUGCAUGUUAAAGUAGCUAGGAGGCUUCAUAGCAACAGCUUACGGUACUGGUUGUUGGAAUACUUGAGGAGACAGCCAAAGGGGAGGAAGUACAAAGCGCUGAUUCUUAAGUUUGUUAAGGAUCGUAUGGCAGCUCUGCUUUUGGUGGAGGUCGGGAUGCAAGUUACAACAAUAGUUUCGCGUGGGAAAGUGGGAGAUGAAGUUAGUGUUGCUGUGGACACGGCUCAUCCACGUGAUGAUAUCUUAUCAAUCAGAGAGGUUAUUGAGGAUACCGAUGAUACUGAGGAGUAAAUGCAGGCAAAUCUCAAUCCUCACACUUCGGAUUUGCAGCAACCUGCAGGUACUGAAAUGCAAUGUUACAGUCGUUUGUUCCUCUGCUGUGACUGCAGUUACAUUUUGGUUCCGGUAAUCCUCCAAAAGACCAUGCCUUUGAGCUCAUCGCUCCAGUUAGUGUAGCAUGGGUACAAAUGGAAAAUUGCAAGGGUAUCAGUGCCAGUACCAGUAGUAAUUCAUUUCAAGCAUAGAUGGACAGGAUUGAUAAAGAGGUUAACAGUUCGUUUCUCUCGAGCUAGGUUUUGUGACAAUCAGGGACCCAAAUGCUGAUAAAUAGGGAAUUUUGUACAGCUGCAAUGUCAGCAAUUUCAUUUCUUGCGGGAAUUCUGCUGAUAUCUCUAAACCACUUUGAUGUAUACUCGAUGUAUAGGCUAGUAAUAAGAUUUCCUUAGAUCACCACUGAAGUAUUUAAUUGCAAUGUACUCUCAAACACUGUACGCCAUUCUGUUAAGAUGAUCGAACUGAUGUUUCAAUUUAUCUAGGAGUAUUGGUGUAAUGACUAAUGAAUGGUCAAUUUAUCUAGGAGUAUUGGUGUAAUGACUAAUGAGUGUAAAUAUUGUAAAUCUUUGCUGCA